ACAGCUAAGAAUUGCUUAGGAUUUUAUAAUAAGGUACUUUAGCAUAAGUCGUACCCCAUUGUGGUCAUGCACCAACAGUUAGUAUUAUUCAUUCUCCUACUUGAUGCUGUAGUACAACUUAACAGCUCACCCAGCAGAAACCAAGCAAGAAAAUUGUUCCGGUCCUCAAAGAAGACUCGCCGUGAUGCUCCUUCCAGACCGUCCGGAUUCCUCCGCUCCUUAAUCUACUCCGAUGAAGACUUGGAUGCUAGCAUCAGAGACAUAACUUCAAUCCUGAUCCGCACCAACUCUGGGAACAUCAAGGGUUUCAAGAAAGUAUUGGAUAAUAAUUCGAUUAAACCGGUCAUCCAAUUCCUUGGUAUUCCAUACGCAGCCCCGCCUAUUGGGAAACUACGUUGGCAAAGAACUGAAAAGGCAAAGCCAUGGAACGGAGUUAGAAACGCGUCAGAAUUCGGACCCAUAUGUCCUCAACCACGAUCUGGACCGCUACCAAGUGUGUUGUUACCAAUCUGGUACAAAGCAAACAAUUCAUUAGUAAGAAAGAUGCGAAUGGACGAAGAUUGUUUGUAUCUUAACAUAUAUGUACCGGCCAAACUCUAUGCUACAGAACAGAACUAUCCACGCAACCACUACAAGAAUCCAUUAAAGGUGAUGGUCUACUUCCAUGGCUACACAUACGCUGAAGGUUCCGGAAACUUCUACGAUGGUAGUGUGUUGGCAAGCUAUGGUGACGUCAUUGUAGUGACGUUUAACUACCGUCUGGGUGUUCUAGGUUUUAUGAGUACGAUGGAAGCGAACUCACCUGGUAACUACGGACUUUGGGACCAGAUUGCUGCGGUAAAAUGGGUUUCGGAAAACAUUGAAAAGUUCGGGGGAGAUCCGUCAGCUGUUACUGUCUUCGGUUCCGGGGCGGGAGCUUCGUGUAUCGGGCUCCUAAUGCUGUCAGUACAGUUGGACGGUUACUUAACGGACAACACAACGAGAGAGUACUUCCACCGGGCGAUUUUUCAGAGCGGUACACCUCUGGCGCCCUGGAGCAUGGUGCGCAACCCUAGACAACAGACGCGGGCUCUUGCGCGCGACUACAACAUUAACUGUGACCGGGAAUCGACGACGGAGAUGGUGCGGUGUUUGAAACACAAACAUUGGAGAGACCUAAUCAACGUUGAGAUAAUGACAGACCCUUACGAUUUGGUCUAUGGACCGGUAGUUGACGGGCAAGACAAGUUUUUGAUGGAAAACCCGUUCAAUCUCAUGGAAAAAGGAGAAUUCGUCAACUACCAAAUCAUGAUGGGGGUAUCGCAAGCUGAUGGUUUCGGUUAUAUACGAGAUAGGAACGUCGACGUAUUGAGGCAACCUUUUGAAUCUAGCUCAGCAUUUAUGUCGCCCAUCUCAGACCGCAUGAAAACCAACUUUGACGUGGUUGUGGCGAAAUUUACGGAUUCAUUUUACGAAGAUAGUAAAGUACCUUUGGAAGCCAUUGAGAAACUCGUUCGUUUCAUUUACACCGACUGGUCCGACAAGAGCAACCCUACACGUGUAAAAGAAUCUCUCAUGGACUUAUACACUGACCGGCAAUACGUCGAACCAGCAGUACGAGCUGCACUACAUUAUAUCAACUACAAAAGCAAUGCGUUUUUCUACACAUUUUACCAUCAUCCAGGCAAAGAUAAAACGCGACCGUGGGUUCAGUCUGCACUUGGAGAACAAGACCCUUUCGUAUUUGGAGCGCCAUUAUUGGGUAAUAGUGAGGACACUUUGUUCCCAUACAACUACACCAAAGAUGAUAUCAUGAUAAGUACGGCGGUGAUGACGUAUUGGACCAACUUCGCUAAGAACGGUGACCCAGGAAUCGGGAAAAAGCAGCAAACCCAGUUUAUAACUGGAAAAGCAAACAGCUUUGAGAAAAUAGUGUGGCCGGAAUAUACAAUAGACACGAGACAACAUUUGAAAAUCUGCACCACCCCUGAAGUAUCAGAUCAUUACAGGGCACAAAAAGUGGAACUCUGGCGUUCGUUCCUACCAAGUUUAUCAGGGGUUUCGAAUGACGAGUCGUACAAAGGGGGCAGGGUGAAACCCCUUUUACCCCCUCGUGCAAAACCUCCGACCAUUUCACCCGGAACCAAAACACCGACCUGGCAACCAAUCAAAAAUUACAGUGAUAUUCUAUUCAACCAACGUUCGCAACAACAAUCAACACCAAAAACUGACACAAGCGGUUUGUCGCUUCAACUAAGCAUUACACUAGCAGUGGGAUUCGUGCUGCUAUUUCUAAACAUUAUCGCAUUUGCAGUGGUGUCAUACCACAAAGAGAAGGACAAGUACAAAAUUGAGAAACUAAAGGCUGAACUUAAAAUGUUCAAGAAGAGUCGAAAAUCUUCUGACACUCGAAAACUUACAAGUGGUCACACCACGCUCGAGUCCCGUCUUGGCCCGGAUCCGAAGUUGCCGGAAUUUCAGGAGAAAAAUGGCCAAGUUUCUCCCCAGCCACUGUACAUGCAUUCAACGGGAGGGACGGUGGGAAACCUGGAGCAGGCACGGCCAGAGUCGAUGUAUUUAAAACUGGAGUCGAGGGAACAGCAGAAAAACAACGGUGCGCCGACUAUGAGUCCUAGGAAGGGCGGAGACGGCGCUUUCGCCCCGAAAAAUGGAGAAUGCUUGGCUGAUAUCGCCUUUCUGUCGCCGCAGAAAGGACAACACUCUAAUGAGAGUGACAACGGUAGGGAAAGCGUGGUCAACUACUGGUCGCGAAGCGAAUGUGGCGACGAUAGCGGAGCAAGUGGCAGCUACAACCCAAAUGCUGAUGUGGAAAAGAGUCACAAACAGCAGCCCCAGAAAUCGACAAGAUGGCCGACUAUUGCUAUCCCUGAUCACAACAACAGGAGUCUGCCCGCCGAGGGAAGAUGUCGCUCAGCACUCCCGUUCUGUUCCCGACCUGAACACGAGUUUACAUCACCGGAUUUCUACGCCGAACCCGCCACCUUGAACCGCCAUACAGCAAGUCAGCGACGGAUUACAGACAUCGAGAGAUACGCGACUGCUCCCCGGAGUUCCGGCGCCGAUUAUCGGCAGGCACAAAUGGAGCGUCCCGAUCGUCGACCUGUGAUGGACUACAUCCAUAACGAAUUUGGACAGACUGGCAAACCGGGUUAUGAAUACAGUCAGAUGCCUGCGGGUUACAGUUCCCUCGUUUACCCCAAAUCACACGAAACGUACGCAUCGGUGCGUUCUACUUCCACGGGUACAUACAGUUCAGUUACAACCAAGUUAUAAUUGGCCAACACUUUAAACGAGCUAUGGCCUACAUUCCAAUUAUGUUAAAAUAAUUACAAUAAUGUAAUACUGUGGCGCCCAUAUAUCGUAAGCCGUGCCUGUAUUAUCCAAUGUAAACCACUUAAUAGAACAAACUGGUUUAACAAGUUCUAAGUGUAUGUGACCUGACCGCGCUUGCGUUUUUUUGCUGUUCGUAGAAAAUGUGAUAUUUUUUUGGUUCGUCGUUUACUGUAGCGCCAUUACACUUGAACUGAAAACC